AUGGCCGCUUUACGGCGGUGCGGAUCGGUGGCCAGAUGGGCCAUCCUGCUGUGGCUGCUGCCCGGUACGAUCGCAAUCCAGCAGCAGCAGGAAACGAUCGUGACGCACGAGGUAGAGCCCAGCGUUGCCGGCGAGGAGUUCCAGCAUCACAAUCGCUGCGAACCGAUCACGAUACCGUUCUGUGCCGGCAUUCCGUACAAUCGUACGAUAAUGCCGAACCGGUUCGGCCACACGAAGCAGGAGGAGGCCGCGCUCGAGGUGCACCAGUAUGUGCCGCUGGUCAAGAUCGAUUGCAGUCCGGAUUUGAAGUUCUUCCUCUGUCUGCUGUACGCACCGGUCUGCACCAUACUGCCCUAUCCGCUGCCACCCUGUCGGAGCCUGUGCGAAAGUGCCCGGGCCUGUGAAACGAUCAUGAAAACGUUCAACUUUCCGUGGCCCGAAAAUCUCGAAUGUUCCCAGUUCCCGGAGAACAGCGACGGUAAUCUGUGCGUGUCGAAGGACAACUCCAGCGAAACGACACCGGUACCGACGAGCGCAUCCUCGGCAGGCUAUCCGACAAAAACGGUCGCCGCACCGUACAUACCGCCCCAUCGGAAAUCGGCCGGUUCGUCGGUGGGUGUGGGUGGUGGUGGGGUCGGUGCGGGCAGCGGUGUGGUCGGAACGCACCGUGAUUUGGGCUUCAUCUGUCCGGUGCAGCUGAAGGCACCGACACUAAUGGGCUACCAGUUGACCAUCGGUGGAAAGGUUACCAAGGAUUGCGGUGCACCGUGCAACUCGAUGUUCUUCUCGGAAAACGAGCGUACCGUGCUGAAGUACUGGGUCGGUUCGUGGGCCGCCGUGUGCGUGGCGAGCUGUUUGUUCACGGUCUUAACGUUCCUGAUCGACUCGUCCCGCUUUCGGUAUCCGGAGCGCCCGAUAGUGUUCCUAGCGAUAUGCUACCUGAUCGUGGGGUGCGCAUAUGUGGCUGGGCUCGGUGCUGGAGAUUCCGUUGCCUGCCGGGAACCCUUCCAAUCGCAUAUCAAAAUCGGACGAAUGCAAAUGCUGUCAACCAUCACACAGGGCCAUCGUCAAUCAACGUCGUGCACGGUGCUGUUCAUGGCGCUGUACUUCUGCUGCAUGGCAGCGUUCGCCUGGUGGGCCUGCCUGGCACUGGCCUGGUUCCUGGCGGCCGGCCUCAAGUGGGGCCACGAAGCAAUCGAGAGCCGUUCGCACCUGUUCCAUCUGGUGGCGUGGGCCAUACCGGCGGUGCAAACCAUAUUCGUGCUGGCGUUGGGAAAAGUUGAAGACCUCGGGCUUGACCGGGAAACGUUGGCUAUGGUAUCGAAGGUUGCUGAAGUAUAA